ACCUGUGGCUACGGGACCCACUCGCUCCGCAUCGUGCCAGUCAGUACACAGACUCCGCUGUGUUGAUAGAUAGCUGUGUUCUCCUGCAGGACACCAUGGAAGGGAGACUAAUCUGUGCCUUACUGCUAUGCGCCGUGGCUGGCACACGCGGGUGCGGGCGGAGCAGCACCACCACCACCAUCCCGCCUGUCAUCGAGCCUGAGAUAAUUGCAGUCACGGCCGCAGGACCUUCUGAAGCGGGCAGCAGGCCCGGUGGCUCACGCGUCAGCCUCCUCACGAAGUCGGAACUCCAAAGUAUCUCCGAGAAUCUACUCCGCGUGGACACAGGCAUUCAGCAGCCCACCCUCAACCAGCAGGGCAAGACUUCCUCCGCCGCGACGAGGGACCUGGCAGCGAACCCAUUAAUCGGCAGUGUUCCUGCAGCGACCAUGAACAAAGAAACGGUAAGACUUAUGCAAAAUCUCCUGGACAACUACGUGCCCCAAGUCACGAGUCGCGAAGAUUAUACCAACACCGAGAAGACUGAAGAGAAUCAGUUCCUUGACGCCCUCAUGAAGACAGAUGUCAUGCAGACGCUCGAGAGAAACCUCAAGCACAAGAACAUCAUCAGCGGCAGCCUCCGGACGACGCUGAAGGACAUCUGGUUCACUCAGUACAAGCGCGGAGGGAACAAGGUCAGCUCCUCAGGAUUCGAGCACGUGUUCGUCGGCGAGCUGAGGGGCGGGAAGGUCGCCGGCCUGCACAACUGGCAGAAUUUCAUGAAGGAGGAGCAGGAGGGAGACUUGGAUUACAAGGGUUAUAUCAGGCUUGUGGAUCUGAACGGAAAGGGUAAAAUCAUCAAAGUGCGAUUCGUGUGGAUGAACCAACCGAAACCCGUUGGGUCUGUCUUCGUGGGCGUGACUCCUGAACUCGAACUGGCCCUGUACACCGUCUGCUUUUUGGCCAAACCCGACUCCAGAUGCCCGGUCAAGCUCAACAACAAGGAAUUCAACAUCCAAACGUGGUCUAUUAGUCUUCGGGGCAAGAAAGUCAUCGGCAGUGCAUAUCCCGAUAUAUAAAGAUAGACUGGUAGUUGGAUAGUUCAUGAUGAACUGAUUUUUUUAGGAUAGGUGAGAUGACAGGACGUUUCUACGAUUCAUGGACGGGUCUACUUGCGUGACUUUUGAGUGUAUGAAAUAGAUUAAGUUCAUCCAUUUUCUACACCCGUUUGUUCAUCAGGUAGACUACGACCUUAAAUUGUAUGAAGCUAAGGACACAUAUGUGUCCGAUCUGUUAAAGGAAAACUCAUGGGCAUUUAUGAUUAUUUGUUAUGAGAGUAUUGGUGAAAGAGAGAAUAUGACGGACCUGUUUUACUUAAUAUCAUGCUUUCAAGUGAAUUAUUUUUAUGUCAACAGAUAAGAACAAAUAAUUGUAUUAGAAAAUCUUAUAUUGGUACAUAACCUCAAUUUUCUUUUGUUUUUCAUAUGUACAUAAACUGUCUCUAAACCACUCACUGUUAAAUAAGAGCACAUUGUAUGUUUGUAAAACUCACUUAUUAAAGUUCGUCAGUAAUUCCAA